AUCGGUUCCAAAGGGAUACAACAUGAAGCCUUUAGCCACCGAUCAACAAAUAUUGACGUGGCUUUGUGUAUUACCUGCGAAAGAAAACACCAGCAAAUGGGAAAAAUGGGCUUGCAUUGCGUUCGUUAUGGCAUGGAUCGUUAUUUUGUUGAUCGAUAUUUUAUCGGGUUUAAUGUUCGUAGUGAAAUUUAUUUCGAUCGAUUUUAAAGGCGCUUCGAUAGCAAUAUAUGCAAUGAUUGGCUGUCUUAUAAUGGCCAAUUCGAUGGUUGUGGCAUUUCUUCUCCGUCAUAAGAUACCACCAGUUUAUGAAAAUUUAUCAGCAAUCUACGAAAAGUUUAAGGAUGAAGACUCAUUCCGGUAUUUGGCGCAAGCAAAUAACAAAUCCGAAUGGUUUUGGAAAAUGUAUAUUAAAUUUGUCUUGGGCGGUUUCCCCGUCAUCAUUGCCGUAUCAUCGAUUGGAUCUGUUCUAGUAUGUUUUCUGUUGAAUGGACACCUUGAUGUGACGCAACUAUUUCGCCCUUUUAGAUUCAUCUUGCCUUGGGAUCAAUCAACGUUGCUCGGUUAUUUCGGGGAGAUCAUCUUCAUCAUUAUAUCACUCGAAUUUUAUCUUGUGUACAAUGGUGUGAUUCUUCUAUCAUUCGUUUCCAUAUGCUUGCAUCAUCAAGCGUUCAAUAAAAUGUUACGGCAUUCGCUUCGCAAAUUGGAACGCCCGGCCGAGAACCGAAAUGAUAGAGAAUUCCUUUGCAAAUUAAUUGAUUUUCACAAUUCGAUCAAAAGCUGGUUUUUGGAAACGGCAGAUAUUUACAGUCCACAUUUCGUGGUUGAACUUAUUGGCAACAUGCUGUUGUUGUCUGCAUUCGUAUUCCAUUUGGAUCAGCAAUUUUCAACAGACUUCGACAUUAGGUUUUUUGUCUUUUUGGAAAAGGCUGCAUUGACUGUUCUAACCAACUUAUUUGUGUGCUGUUACCUCGGAAAAAUCGCAUCUGAGAGCUACGAGCAAAUGGCUGACUGCCUGUAUGAUUACAACUGGCAGGAGCUCCCGAUGAACUUGCAAAAGUAUUUCAUCAUAAUUAUCGCCAACGCACAGAUACCACUAAGUUAUCAUGGAUACGGAAUUAUCACAUUGAACCUGGAAACUUUUUGCCAGCUACUCAGGACCGUUUAUACCUACUAUAUGAUGUUGAAGACCUUAUCUUCUGCUGAGUGAAAUCAUCCAGAAUAAAGGAACCAUUGAUAAUGGCUCAUACGCAACCGCUUAGUAACAUUCAUAUUGAAGGAAUUAUUUUCAACGUGUAUGAUUGCGAUUUUGUACGAUCUUCCCUACAAAGUUCACAUAUGCAAAAGAUCAUACAUGAACGUAAUCAUGAGCCUUGGAAAAAGUGCCUUGAAUAUUUUUUUUUAUCAAGAAUUCUAUUUUAUUGGGUAAUUCAAUAUUUGCACUAAGCUCUGUUAUUUGUUGUUGGUUCUGCUUCAUGGUGUCAUAAAAUAUUCUAUUAAUUAGGAAAUAAUCAAUGUUUGAUGUUCAAUGUAGUUUGCAUAAGAAUAAAACAUAACCUUGCACCG